AGCUUACAGCUAUCAUAGCCAGCCUCUGCUGCAGAAGGCAGCUAUAUAGUUCCGAACAUGCUGUCGCUUCCGCAGAAGGCAGCUCCUUUUUUCCCGCUAGUGUCCAAUAAUCCUUCGCAGCGUCCAUAUGUUCCCAAACAAAAAGGGUACAUGCAUGCCGCCUUCUCUUUGGUGGCCCCAGUGUGUGUGGCCUACCAGCGAGCAUCUCAUCGCAAGUGGGGCCCACCAUCGACCUCACGCCAGGCCAUCCUUGGCAAAGACGGGGGAAGAUUCCGCGUUCUUUUGAUCAUUCACGGGUACCCACCUCUCUACAAUGCGGGGUCUGAGGUCUACACUCAGACAUUGGCCAGGGCCUUGAAAGCUAGAGGCCAUGAAGUCUUGGUUUUUUGCCGUGAAGAAGAUACCAUCGCCCCAUACUUUCGCAUCCGCGAACAGAGCGAUGGACCGGUCAAACUGAAAAUCAUCAACCUGCCAAACUUCCGUGACCGCUACAAUAUUUCAGAAGUGGAUGAGGCCGUCCAAGAGGUUAUCCAGGAGUUUCAUCCAGAUGUGGUCCAUUGUGGGCACCUGAACCACCUUUCGAUGAGCUUGGUGGAGAAGGUGACGAGGCACAACACUCCAUUCAUCUACACUUUGCACGAUUUCUGGAUGAACUGCCCGCGGGGCCAAUUUAUCCAGUUCACCGGUGAAGACGAUGAAGACUUGUGGCCCCUUUGCGAUGGGCAAGAGGAUAGCAAGUGCUCAAAAAAGUGCUACGUUCCGCGGAUGGGGGAUCCAAACAGCAAACAAGAUCAGAAGUAUUGGACGCAGUGGAUUGGCAGGCGCAUGGCCACUAUGAGAUCAAUUGCAGAGAAGAUAGACUUGUUCAUUUCGCCUGCAGAGCACUUGAAGCAGCGCUUCAUUGACGAUGGUUUCGCUCCGGAGUCCAAAGUCGUAUACUGUGACUACGGCUUUGACCGAGAUCGUUGCCACGGACGGAUGCGGCGCUGGGAAGCCACACAGAAUGAGCCCUUCACAUUUGCGUACAUUGGAACUCACAAGGAGUCCAAGGGAGUUCAGCAUCUCAUCGAAGCCUUUGAAGAGGUCUCCCAGGACAAAAACAUGCCGCCGACUCGCUUAAAGAUCUUCGGACGCACGUUGGGGCAAAGUACUGCGGCUUUGCGACGGCUGGCUGACAAGCUGCUUCCAAACUCGAAGAGUUUGGAGUGGUGUGGUGAAUAUUCUAAUGAGGAGAUCGUGGAGAGUGUGUUCAACCAGAUUGACGCCAUCGUAGUCCCAUCGAUCUGGUUGGAAAAUUCUCCUCUGGUGAUUCAUGAAGCCUUAGAGGCGGGUGUGCUGGUGAUCACAGCAGAUGCCGGGGGCAUGAAGGAGUAUGUCCACCACGAGGUGAACGGCUUGUUGUUCAAACACAGGAGCGCUUCAGCCCUUGCAGAGCAGAUGAGAAGAUGCCUGCGCGACCCUGAAUGGGCAGACAAGCUGGCCAAGAGGGGGUAUUUGUCCCUUUAGCUGCAGCAAGAGAACAGUAGAGGUUUUCAAAAGCUGCCAACGUUUACUGCGCGGUCACCAGGCGACCAUGGUUUUUGUUUUGGCAUCCCUGUCUUCCUCCUGUGAGUUUGGGGCUUGCUGUGCUUAGCCCCAGUGUCAUCAAUUCCUCCUGUUCCAAUCUUGGCAAAGGCGC